UGUAAACAUCACUGCAUUUGUGUGAUUCAAGUGUUGAAUACAGUUAUUACUGUUAAAUGUGAACACAAUUAACGAUAAUUGCAUUGAUUUGCAGUCAUUUGCAGUGAUUUUCAGUGAAUGUGUGCUCACGAGAGACAGUGUCUGUGACUGUGGUCUCAAUUUGGUGUCAAUUAGGUCUCAAUUGGUCUCAAUUAUGGGCAAAAACAACAAACUUUUCCUUCUUAUGCCAAACCACAGGCGAAAUGCGGCCAAACUGUCGGCUCCCAAACCCACCAUCGAUGACAGGGUGGAGACAAUCAAUUCAUCGAUAUCUCCGAAACACAUAAAUCUACCGAAACUUUGGUCGGAAAACGAGUUGUUGUUUGAAUUGCAAUCAAUGGUAGUGUUCAUCAUAUCGAUGACCACUCAGUACCUCAAUCUCUACCGCACUGUCUGGUGGUUACCACAGUCUCACACCAACAUCGCUAUGAACUUCCAUCUGAUUGACGUAAAUGUGGUUCAGUUCUGUGUCCUCUUCAUCGGUCGUCCAUUUGUUCUUCAUUUGGCUCAUGUGAUAACACCAGCACUUCCGCUGUUUUUGCGUUCAUUUUAUGUGUACAGCUCUUCGCUGGUGAUCCUAAUGGUGUGCAUAUGGGGUCACAUGAGGUGUUCAAUAAACAUCUACUCGAGUGCCGGCAUUACAGGCAUUCUUUGCAUAUCGUAUCCGAUAGUGAUAUAUGUGUUGAUGUAUUGUCCGAAUGUGAUCCGCGCCUACGAGGCCUCCAAAACCACGGGAACGCCUAUCAAUUGGUUGGCGGGCCUCCAGUCGCUUAUACUGCCGACGAAGUUCUCGAGCCAACAGCCCUCUCACAACUGCACCACAAAUGCAGAGCUGGUUCGCGAGGAAGUGGAUCGCCUGAAGACAUCGUUCAACGAGAGAUUGAAAUUCAUAUUAUUUCGUUCGCUUCUAAUCGCAUACUAUUCCUCUUUCGUGAGCCUCUGCUUCGCUCAGAACCAUCUCUAUUACGACAUGAGUUGGACGGCACAGCAUGUGGUCAUCUCGUGGAUGACAUCCUUUCUGAUGCUCACCUCUCACUUAUAUUCCCCACAAUUCUAUGAUAUCCUCCAUAAGUCUUCAUUACAUUUAGGAAAGUGGCAGAAAUUGGAGACGAGAAACACUUUAGUUCCGUGUAAUGCCUGGUCGGACGCACUCCUCUACGGACAGGGAGUUGUUGUCAAGUAUUCCAAAGAGUACUUCAAAUCUGAAGGCAGUACUAAUUGCGCGGAACCCGGAAAUCAGUCUCAUCUCCGCUAUUAUAUUGUGUUCAAAGACCCCAUCGGAGGCUUCGGCACUUUGUUGGGUCUGUUGGUUGUCUUGAUCUUCGUUCAAAUGGUUUUGUUAAUCCGAGCCCUCGAGUGGGAAGUCUAUAGAGUGGAGAAUAGACUUCAAGACACUAAUCAUAACGUUAACUAA